UUGGAUACGUCAGUUAUCGGGUGACCUACAGUUACGAAAUAAGACUUGUGAAAGCCGCGCGUGGUCCGAGAUUAUCGCCGGCCGCGGCGUAUCUCCUCGACAAACAAGUUACAACGACACCCAACGACCGCAACUACUUUAAUUUAUCGUGCAUCGUCUCCUGCGCUCAGUCAAGCAUCGAUCUCAGACGCGGACGGCCCACUCCAACCAUAAUAAAAUAAACUCGCGGCUUCCGCCAUAUUAACACAACCGAAGUUCUUCUAAAAUGCAUCAAAAUGGUGAUAUAUAAACUGGAAAAAUGUCGCCGGGAUACUAAAGUGACGGAAAUAUUCGCGCUUUUCUUUGAACCUAAUCAUCCCAAGAGAUUUUUCAAGUACAGUUGACCAAGAUCCCAAGCGUUCCGGGAUUUUGGUUUGUGUUCUGGAACUGUGGACUACCGACAAGCCGUUUAGAGUAAAGCCUGUGCCUCUGUGUUCUCAAUUUGAAAGUGUUUGAAAAUGACUAUGGAUUUUUGAUUUCAAAAAUUAUAUUUUUUAAUAUUGUUUACUUAAAAUUUGGCGCGAUUGAUUUGUUUGAUAUUUGCGAUGGAUAAAGUAGGGAAGUACAAGCGUAACCACUCGUACGGGAGUAUGAGUUCGAGGAGUGAUGACGACAUGACGGUGCACAGUCAACUGUUCCCCUACCCGAAGAAGAUGGUGGUCGAGAGAGAGAUACUGUAUGAGGAGGAGCAUCCCCCGUUCCAGCCGCUGUUCGCGACGAGCAGGCUGUUCGGGAAGGCGAGGUUCACGUUCCUGCUGCUGUUCUACGUGAUAUUCUACUUCGUGUACUUGGCAACGGGAGCUCUUGUCUUCUCGGCUUUGGAGGCGCCAUUCGAAAACCAAAUACGACUCGACCUGAUCCGGGCGAAGCAAGACUUUUUAACGCGACAUCCCGAUAUACUAGAUGAUGAUCUGGAAGCGUUGUUGGAUGAGGUGGUCCGCGCGAACAACCGCGGUGUUUCGGCGUCUCGUAACGUGACAGGAGGCCCCAACUGGAGCUUCGGACAGUCUCUGUUCUUCUCUUCCACUGUUGUCACUACCAUUGGUUACGGCCACGUGACUCCGCUCUCGAAGCCCGGGAAGCUGUUCUGCAUGAUGUACGCGCUGCUCGGGAUCCCGCUGACGCUGGUGCUGCUGUCAGCUCUGGUGGAGCGUCUGCUACUCCCGGCGACUGCGUUACUGCGGUCCUUGAAUUCUGCUCUAGGACAUCUGUAUCGCCCCUUCACUAUUCGUUUGGUGCAUUUGAUGAUAAUAGUGACGACUCUCGUGGUGUUCUUCCUGGUGGUCCCGGCCAGCGUGUUCGCCUACCUGGAGCCGGAGUGGGACUUCCUAGACUCGUUCUACUACUGCUUCAUUUCGCUCACCACCAUCGGCCUCGGCGACUACAUCCCUGGCGACUCCCCCGGACAACUCUACCGCCCGGUCUACAAAGUGGCUACCACCUUCUACCUGCUCUUCGGCCUGACAUUCCUGAUGCUGACCCUGACAGUGUUCUACGACAUUCCGCAACUGAACUUGAGCACCGUGUUCUCAUCGAUCAAGCUGGACGAGGAUCCGGAGAAGAUGCGCCUGAGCGGGUCCGGCGUGAUGGGCCCCGGGUACGGGCUGGGCGGCGUGGGCGGGGUGGGCGGGCUGGUGAUGCGCGACGACUACAGCGCGCACUCGCAGCGCCGCUCCGUGGUGCACAUCCGGCCGCACCAGGCCGACUCGCCCAGCCCCGACGACACCACGCCCGUGCACGCGCGCGACAUGCGUCUGCACUAGGCAGCGGCGCCGCUGCCAGCUGCCGCUGUCGGAUGCAGCAAUGUGGAACGAACUUUAGGGAUACUUUCCUUGGAUAAAAUCGUUGGCUUACAAUAUUAAAAAAAUAAAACUUUUUUUUGUAUGGCACUAUUUUUGGAAUCUCAAUGGAAUUGACUUGUAUUUUUUUUUCUUGGUUCGUGACUAUAGUUAUUUUCGGAAAGGGAUAUCUGUUAUAAAAUUUCAAUCUAAUUUCGUUCUACAUUGCGACAAAAUCCGAAAAAUAGCAACCGUGUUACUAUUGGAAAUGACGUUUGCUCAUGUCAAAAACCUGAAUAAAAAUGAAAAAAGUCUUCAUGAUUAUGAACAGGCGCAGUUAGUCUUAAAAAAUUUACUUAGUGUUUUAGUUUAUAAGUUACCUUAUACUUAGUCGAUGUCACAGAUUUCCUUGUUUGUAAGCUCAGAGUAAAUCUAUGCUCCUAAUCCUUUGGUCGACUACCGUCCUAAAGUUUGCGAAAUCUUUUUUUUACUUUGAACCUUCAUCACGAUGUUUUAUAUAUCUGCGGAUAAAUAGCUAUGAUAAUAAGACUGAAGAGGUUUUUCAAGUUUUUCUAAUUCAUUUUUUAGAGUUUUGUACCUGCAAAGCUAAACCUACCAAGCGAACUACUUAUAUCAAAAUGAAACUUACGAAAACAAUGUAGUAUCUAAACAGACUGACUAACAACUUGUCCUUCUAUAUGUAUACGUUUUACAUUCCUAAAUUAUAAGAACUUUUCUAAAGUUUCACAUUUUUCAAUGGUUCAAUAUCAUGAGCAUAUCAAAUAAAGUGUAACAUUUUAAAAGGAACGGAUAUCCUGGCGAUUUACGAAUUGAUAUUCAAAAGUAACGGAAAGUAAAGAAAACUGUUCUAAAAAAAGAAUAGGAAUUAUCUAUCUUCUCAAACUUCUUACUAUGCAUAUUAAUGCUACAUAUUAUAUCCAAUACACGUUGCAUAGAUAUACAAUUUUGACGUAUCAAUUAUGUGUGAUAGUCUGAUAGAUGACCAAGUAGAUUCAUUGGAUAUAUGAUUGUAUAACAAAUUAAAUAUUUAAAUAUAUCGGUAGAUAUAAAAAAACCUAUAACUUUUAACAUAAAAUGUUUUCAAUAUAUAAAAAAAUAUACUAGGAUGGUAGUGCAUUAAAUGUGCAAAAUAUAUGUAAAAUGUUAUAAAUGUGUACAUAGUUUAGCGACUACUUGUUGCAAAUAGAUAUAUUUAAAUGGCUGUUGGUAGUCCACACUUUAUUUCACUUAAUUUUCUUGAAAUAGUAACCGUGUGGCUGUGACUUUAUGAAAAUUCACUUAUUUGGCCAUCUUAUUAAAUAUUUUGAAUCGAAAUGUAAUCAAUGACAAUAUAAUAUAAACUAACUUACGAGAAUAUAAAAAUUAUUCCGAAAUUAUUUUGCUACGCUGAAAAAUUAAUCUACCUUUGUUUUCUAAAAAAAAAGAAAAUAUCAAAUCUGUUUAUUAGAAUAAACCUAAAUUAUAUAUUCUAUAUUAUAUUGAAUAUAAUUAUUUACAGGGAGCAUUGAAUAGAGAGUCAAGCACUGCAUCACAUAAAUAUAUUUACUAUGUACUAUCAAGCAUAUUGUAUUGAAUGUUAGAAUUAAUUAAACCUAUUUCUAAGUAUAAAACUAAGCAUGUAAACCUUCUAUGUCCGUACAACUCGGCAACUACCUACAUAUUUUUAUCUGUUCUUAUAAAAAUAGUGUAGUGCAUAGAUUUAGAACUAGAACACAUAAAAAUGCCUUCAAUGGAUAACCGCAUAGAAAAACUGUAUCAAAAGUAAUUGGUUAAUAAAUCAGCUU